UUCGUUUUCGCCACCCCUCAUCUGUUCCUUGAUUCCGGUCCGUGUUUUUGUUCUCCCUGCUCCCAUGUUCAUUCUGUUAAUAAACUGCCCCCUGCACGUGUAUUCUGCCUCUCGCUUGUUCCAAGUGGAAAAGUUACAGAAUAACCGACCUAACUAAGAGAAUGCAGCAGGAGGGCUUCGGUCCGUCGCAUCGUGUUCCGUCCUCUCCGGUUCAGCAACCCUCACACCACACAACGAGGGACACUGGAUUACUCCCUGAGGCAGAGUUGGGUUAUAUGAAGACUCUGCUCUCCAUGCUCAAGGCUGGGAAGCCCCUGGUACUGCCCUCACUUAUGGCGACUCCAAGUCCUGUUCCUGUGCCUGGCAUAGUGGAUGCUGUCGCCAUGAAUGUUCCAGGCAGGAGAGACACCACCAGUCCAGUUCCGGGCGCUAGAGAUGCCGCCCAUCCUUGUCCUGGUCCUGUUCCCGGCGCGAGAGAAGCUGCCAGGCCCGAUCCAGUUCCAGCCCCCGGCAUGAGAAACGCCGCCCGGCUGGAUCCAGCCCCCAGUGCGAGAGACGCCACCUGUCCUGACCAAGUUCUGGUCCCGGGCACGAGAGACACUGCCCGUCCGGGUCCUGUUCCCGGCCUAGUGGUGGCCGCCUGUUUCUGUUGCCAGUUUUGUCUGGGUUCCUGUCUAUGGCUCCAAGCCUGUUCAUGUGAACAUAGUGAGACCCGUUACCCUGCCAUGUGGCAUUGCUACUUCCUUACCUGUCCCAGUGCCUGUAUCCGUGCUUGUUAUGUACCUUGUUCCUGUUCCUAUGUUGGUCGUACUUGAUAUACUUUCCUCUGUUUUUGCUAUUGCUUUUGUCCCUGUUCACACGUCUGUGCCUGCUACCAGCAUGUCCCCUCUCCUCUCCUGACUCUACACCCACCUCCUGUUCCAGCUGCAUUACUAGUCCUGCCCCUGGUCCUGUCCCUUCCUUGGUUGCUCCUUGUGUUUCCCCGUCUGUUUCCGGUCCUGUCUUGUCGUCCCUGGCUCCUCCCUUUGGCCCUGUCUCUGCAUCGUGUAGCCCUCUGCAUCAUCUCCGUCUAACCUGAACUCCUGUCUGUUCCUGUGUCUAGUCUGGUUCCUGUCCCAGCUACUACUUUGUUGGUUAUUUUGGUAAGUUACAUUUGUUCUGUCGUGUUUAAUUAUGCUCGUUGGUUUGCCGUUGCUUUUCCAUUUGUUUAGUUUGUGUAUCAUUUUGCCUCAGUGUUUUCUCCUUGCCCCUGUUAUUUUGCCCUCAGUGAUUGUGUUUUUCCUCUGUUAAUAAACUGCCCCCUGCACAGGCAUUCAGCCUCUCGCUUGUUCCAAGUGGAAACGUUACAGUAACUCAGCACUAUGAGGCCUUCUUAAGACAGCAGUA